GAAGAAGCACAAGACAAUUGCCGAAAUAGUUUGUUUAUUGUUGUUAACGUUGAUUAAUAGAAAAGUAAGCCUCCAUUAGAGCCGGAUAAUGUCCGAAGAGGCGGCUAGCACCUCAGCCUUUGGCUUCAAAAAGCGGAAUAUAAAGAAAGGAGCUGGCAUUCGCCGCAAAAAGGAAAGCAGCAGCAACGAAUCUGCAAAAAGCAGCGAUGAGGAGGCGCAAGGCAUGGCCAGUGCCUUGGUGCGGGCAGAAAACCGCAGAAAGCGCACGAAUCCCAACUUCCAGAGCACCAAGACACUGAGCAAGGCGAAGCGCCAGGCUGGGGCACCCGAUGAAGAUGCCUCAUCCUCCGCCUCCGACGAUGACAAGCUGGGCAUCGCCUACAAGUCCAAGCGCGAAGCCCUACCCAGUGGACCACAGGAUCAGGGUGCCACGUCCAUUAACGAAGUGGACACGGAAUUGGAUCGCGAUGCUCAGGCAAUCCACGCGCGCGCUUUGAAAAUCAACGAGGAACUGGAGGGCAAGGCGGACGAUAAGAUCUAUCGCGGAAUCAACAACUAUGCGCAGUACUACAAAAAGCAGGACACGGCGGCGGGGAAUGCCAGCUCCGGCAUGGUGCGAAGUGGUCCCAUCAGGGCUCCCGCUCAUCUAAGAGCCACUGUGCGGUGGGAUUACCAGCCGGAUAUUUGCAAGGAUUACAAGGAGACAGGGUACUGCGGUUUUGGCGACAGCUGCAAGUUUCUGCACGAUCGAAGUGACUACAAGGCUGGUUGGCAAUUGGAAAUGGAUCACGAAAGUCAACGGAGGGGAGAUGCCGAUUCGGAUGGCGAUGACGGCAAGUACGAGAUCCACUCGGACGAGGAAUCGCUGCCUUUCAAGUGUCACAUCUGCCGCCAGAGCUUCGUCAAUCCCGUAGUGACCAAGUGCAAGCACUAUUUCUGUGAAAAGUGCGCACUGGCCCAGUACAAAAAGUCACAGCGCUGCAUCAUCUGCUCCCAGCAAACAAAUGGCAUUUUUAAUCCCGCCAAGGAACUGAUAGCCCGACUCAAAACAAAUCCCAUGGAAAACUCUGAUAGCGAUGACGAGGAACUUGGAGCAAACGCGGAAAACGCCGGAGCGGAGGAUCCUCAAGAGAUUUCCUCCGGAGAUAGCGAUUAAACUUGAUUUAAAUCAAGCGGGUAUAAAAACGAAGAAAAAGAGUGCUUACACCACGGAGCUUCGAGAGUUCAGGUGGUAAGAAUAUUAUUAAAACAAAGAUUAUUAAAUGUUUUUUUAUAUAUUUUAAAAGAAAA